AUGUCCAACCAGGGUGGUGGUUCAGUACAUGACUUGAUUGUCGAGUCAUGGAUUAUGUAUGCCGUGGGAAUCUUGUUCUUCAUCGUGCGACUUUAUGCUCGGUACAAGCGUCUGAAGUUCCACCUCCAAGUUGAGGAUUAUUUGAUGUUUUUGGCAAUCAUCUUCUACACUGCGUUUGUAGUCACGAAUAUCGAGAUCACCAAUUAUGGGAGUACCUUGUACGAACCGGGUCAAUUUGAGACAUUCACUGCUCAUGAAAUCGAACAACGGGUCUUGGGCUCGAAGAUCGAAUUUGCCUCGGAGCAUUGCCAAGUAUGCACCAUCUAUUGCCUGAAGGCGUGCAUGCUGUUGGUAUAUUUCCGAAUUACAUCAAACCUCAAGCAACAUCGAUGGGUCAAGGUAUCCGCCGUCUAUACCGCCCUUGGAUGGCUGGCCACCGAAUUGACCUUGUUCUUGAACUGCCACCCGAUAUCCGGAUACUGGACAUUGCCGCCGCCUCAGCGCGAAUGUGCCACAUACUUCCACUUCGAGAUUGUCCAGGCAGUCUUCAACAUCAGCUCGGAUAUUGCAAUUCUGCUGGUAGUUCUGCCGCUGCUGUUUCGAACGCGCAUGCCGUGGCGGACUAAGCUUCCGGUUUUGGUGGUAUUCUCCAUGGGUAUUGUGGUCAUUCUCUGCGCCAUCAUUUCCAAAAUAUUCACCUUUCGCAACAUUUACGACACAAGUUACCAAUUCUGGUACCUGCGUGAAGCUUCAAUCGGUGUCUGGGUAACCAAUGCCCCUUUCGUAUGGUCUUUGGCUCGCUCGACCCUCAGCUUCCUAAAGUCAACAACCAACCCGACGAAAACCACACCCCAGUAUAAUUUAAGUGGGCCUGGGACCUCUACCAGUCGGGUCCGGGCUGGGGCAGAAAGUCGAACAUCUCGCGCACUAACCAGAAUGUAUGACAUAGAACCUGUCGGUGAAAGUGAAGAGAGUAUCAUUGAGAUGGAUGGGAGGAAUAAAGCCCCCUAUAUAUCAAGUGGGUCGAUCGACGACAGUGUACCAUCGACCUCAGAAUGGGGCGAAUCGUCACACCGGAAUGGCUCACCCGGGGAACAUGACGGUCAUAUUUGGAAAACGACCGAAAUUACUGUCGAGAAGAGCUAG